CUGUCCUGAACCUUGACGUCAGACAGAAUUCCGGACUUGUACUCCAAAGCACGGCGCUGGCUGUCAUUUGCGCUGCACCGCUUUGAAAUAAUCUGAACUCGUGGAAUACAUUAUAAUUUUUUCGAGUGUCUCAUUCGCGGUUCAAUGAAGUUCCUAUUGGAAUCUCGUAAUGAAGUGGCUUCUGCCGUGGAUGUUAAUAGUAGCCAGCACCCAUCAGGUUCUUUCCCAAAAUCCCACCGCCUUGACCACCACGGCGGAGCUUUAUAACAGGACCGUAUACUGCAAAUGGCCCUGCAAGUGUGCCAAGAGCGUCCCCGUGUGUCCGCCCGGUGUCAGUGUGCUGAUGGAUGGCUGUGACUGCUGCAAGGUAUGUUCCAGACAGGUGGGCGAGACCUGCAACGAAGCGGAUAUCUGUGACUACCAUAAGGGACUGUACUGUGACUACAGCGCGGACAAGCCUAGGUACGAAAAAGGAGUGUGUGCCUACAUGGUAGGCACCGGCUGUGAGUACGACGGCACCAUCUACCGUAAUGGUCAGAGCUUCCAGCCCAGCUGUAAGUAUCGCUGUCUCUGUGUGAACGGGGCCAUCGGCUGCGUGCCACUCUGCUUGGACUCCCAGCCGCCCCGCGUGUGGUGCCAGACGCCGAGGCGGGUCAAACUGCCGGGCCGCUGCUGUGAGCAGUGGAUCUGUGACGAGCCCAGAAAGACCCGAAAGGCGGCGCCCAGGCAUGCAGAGAUUGUGCGGGCUAGCCAUAAUGAGAUCUGGCACAAGAACUGCAUUACCCAGACCACCUCCUGGAGCCCUUGUUCCAAGACUUGUGGGCGUGGCCUGUCCCUGAGGAUCUCCAACGCCAAUGACCAGUGUGAGAUGGUGAAGGAAUCCCGCCUCUGCAACAUCCGGCCCUGUGAGGUUGACAUCACCAAGCACAUCAAGCCAGGGAAGAAGUGCCUGAACAUUUACAGGGAGGGUCAUCGUCAGAACCUCACCAUAUCUGGCUGCACCAGCAAGAAGUCCUACUGGCCUAAAUACUGCGGUGUCUGUGAAGCCCAGGACCAACGCUGCUGCAUUCCGUACAAGUCCAAGACGAUCGAGGUGGAGUUUGAGUGUCCCAGCGGGGCCUCGUUCACCUGGCAGGUGAUGUGGAUCAACGCCUGCUUCUGUAACCUGAGCUGCCGUAACCCCAACGACAUCUUUGCUGACCUGGAGCAAUACUACGAGAACAACGAGGUGAUCAACUGAGCGCCGAGUGGCCGUGCCCGAGUCAGAGCGACCCGCGUGCGGUCUGUCACGAUGCCAUACCAAGUGGAACCUUUUGAACAAGUUAGACCUGAACAACUGAAUCGGCGACAAGCUGUUUCCUCUUCUGUCUGUUUUAUGUUGUAACUGCCUUUAUAUUGUUUUGUUUAUAUGAAGAGCUUCUAUAUGAAGAGCUUCUAUAUGAAGAGCUUCUACAUGAAGAGCUUCUACAUGAGGUGCUUCUACAUGAAGAGCUUGUUGACGAUUUGUUGGCCUUAGUUGUCAAAGUACGGGUCUGGAGUGAAGGUAUGCACAUCCCUGAAACUAGGAUUGAAGAGCCCUCAGAGUUUGGAAAACAACCGCAUACACACAAGUAUACAGUAGAUGUGGUUGUUUUCCAACUGUUUUUUCAUUUAUAAGCUUGAAAGCAUAUUUUUCAUAUUGGAAAAAAAAACAAAAAUAUUUUGCUGAUUACAGUGCAAUGAUUACGUUUUUGUCCCCUUUAGGAUUUCUUGUUUUGUUUGUCAUUUUUUCUUAGCUCUUAAACCAAAAAACUAAAUAUUACAAGUUACUUGAGAGAACAAAUAAUAGAAGAUUUGAACAGGUAUUCUUUUUUCGUGAACAAAGUUAGCAACACCCAAUUCCCCUUGUGAAACCGUGAUUACUCCUUUAUGCUGAAUAACUGGUUAAGGGUGAUGACUGCAUUCUAGCACUUUACUGCAGAGGAAUUUUGGCCCACACUUCAAUGCAGAAGUAAUUUAACACUACACUGUGGACAUUGAUUUGCCUAGUCCAAAACAUUAAUGUAAUACAUUUUCAGCCAUUCUGAUGUACAGAGGAAUUACUUGUCUCUUGCUGCAUGAGCCAGGUGCACUUCAGAUUCAGCUUAUGGAUGGAUCACCUGAAAUUCUCAUGAUUGAUUAUGCCGAACAUUCAAUAAUGGACAUUUUCCAGCUCCUUAUUCAAUAAAACCAGUUCUUUUGUAGGAGGGGAACAUUUUGUUUUUCACUGGGUGUUUAUAACUUUGUUCAUUAAAAUAAAUAUUAUUUGUUCACCAUUUGUUUACUUUAAUUGUGUUUUCUUUAAAGAUUUGUAAAAAUUCUUUGGAAUUUUUUUGUUGUUGAAAGAAUUAGAAAGGGGUCAAAUACUUAUUCCCAGCUCUAUAUGUGUGAUGACAUUGUAGUUGGAUACAAUGUUAAAAUGUAAUUAUGUAUCAUAUGCUGGCAUAUUGGGGCAUUAACCACUCGAGUGGUCAAGCGAUUUAAUACUCCUGCUUUUUUAUUUCAACAUUGUACUUACCAUGGUAUUCAAGGUGUUUGGUAAAAAAUGUAUUUUUUGGGAUUCAUUGGAAAUGUUAUGUCAGAAAAGACUCUCUCCAUGCACGUUUUCUCAGCAUUUGUAUUGUCAAUUUGUUUAUGUAGUAAAUAUUUUG